UCUCUACUUCUGGUGAAGGAUGACGAGCCAGCGGCGUGGGAUCCAUCUGGACCAAUCGGAGCUGCUUUGCACGAAAGGAUGUGGUUUUUACGGCAACACUGCUUGGCAGGGCCUGUGCUCAAAAUGCUGGCGAGAGGAAAAUCAACGAGAAAAGCAAAAACAGAUUCAAGAAGACUGGGCACUUGCUGAGAGGCUGCAAAGAGAGGAAGAGGAAGCGUAUGCAAGCCGGCAUCAGAAGACCCAAUCACAGUCGAACGUCACACCCUUCAGCAAGUUUGAAGAGAGGAAAACUAAGGAGAAGUCCAGCAAAGUCCACACAGUCACAAAGUUUUUCACUCCUUCCACUAAAACACCACCAAAAAAAGAUGCGUCUCCCUUUGAUGCACAGUGCAGCCCGAGCCCCAGCUCCUCUGCAAGCCGACAUUCCUCUGUGGACAGUGAUCAUGCAACGCGGGAGUUUAUUGAUUUUCUUAAGCCUCUGAAGUCUGGCAGGGAGAUCUUCAAACAAUGCCGGGCCUUCACUGAGGGCAUGGUGUAUAAACGGGACAUGGGUGCUGACGAGCUGUCAGAGUGUGUGCAGGACUUCUACCAGAACCUCUCUGACCGCCUCCUGACCCAGUUCAAAGGUUCAUCGGAUCACGUGGAGAGCGUUAUGGAUGAAGUAGAGAAGUACAUGAUGACUCGUCUCUACAAGGAAGUCUUCUGUCCUGAGACCACUGACGAUGAGAAGAAAGACCUGGCCAUUCAGAAAAGAAUCAGAGCCUUGCAUUGGGUCACCAUUGAGAUGCUGUGUGUUCCUGUAGACGAGGAGAUCCCUGAAGUGUCUGACAGUGUAGUCAAAGCCAUCACAGACGUGAUUGAAAUGGACUCCAAGCGCGUCCCUAAGGACAAGCUGGGGUGCAUCACUCGUUGCAGCAAGCACAUCUUCAAUGCCAUCAAGGUCAGCAAGAAAGAGGCUGCGUCCGCGGACGACUUCCUCCCCACGCUCAUCUACAUUGUGCUGAAAGCAAACCCUCCGAGACUGCAGUCCAACAUCCAGUAUAUCACCCGCUUCUGCAACCCCAGUCGGCUCAUGACAGGAGAGGAUGGUUACUACUUCACUAACCUGUGCUGUGCAGUGGCCUUCAUCGAGAAGCUCGACGGUCAGUCUCUGAACCUGAGCGCUGAGGAGUUUGACCUCUACAUGUCAGGCCAGGCAUCUCCUAACUGGCCACAGGCCACUGGAGCUUCUUCCUGCUCCCCAGGCAGCGCAGCUCUUAAUCAGGUCCACAAACGGCUGGACCUGCUAACAGGGCUCGGGGAAAGGCAGGAGCGGGUAAUGGAGAAGGCUCGUCAGCUGGAGAGCGACCUCAUCGACUGGACGGAUGAAGUGGAGCAGAAGGUGCAGAGCGUUCUGGAGAGCUUUCCACCAGAGACACAAAACCCUCCUGCACCCACAGCUAGCGGGACAGCGUCUGCAGCAUCAUCGGCAAUCGACGCCGAUAACGUUGAGAAUGAGCUCCUGCCACCACCACUGCAACCGCAAGUGUUUGCCGGUUGAUGUGAAGAGCUCUGCUCUAUUAAAAAUCCUCUAGAGGCUUUACUCCACCCUCCUUCUUUCCCCUGCUGUUAAACUUUGCUGUCCGUAUGCACAUACAGCAACUAUCCAAUAUGGAUCAUUUCAACUCCAGCCAUCGCUAUUUCCCUGAAACUGCACUGAACAGUGACAGAAAUGUUGAAUGUUUUGGCAAACAUGAAGCUGUUAGCUUAUCACAAAGGUAAGAAACAGCUAACCAGGCUCUGUCCAAAGUGCACCAAUCAACACAUAAUAUCUCCUUUACUUUGUACAAAGAAUGAAGUAUAAAAAUGACAAGUAACUUGUUGUUUUGUGAGCUUUCGAGGUGCUAGUAGUUGAAUUUUUGCUGCCUGUGGACAAAGCCUUGCUUUCUGUCUUUGUGGUAAGCUAUGCAAACAUCUCCUGGCUUCAGUUUUUUAUGUAACUGACAUUCAUGCGAGUGGUAUUGAUCUUCUCAUCUAACCUCUUCUGUCAAAAUUUCAGUGCAGUUUCAGGAUAGGCAGACAUGACCCAGUCAUGUCCUUUGGUUUUCCCAGGCUAUCUCGGAAAACCCCCCCCCACCACUCCAACCCCUGGACUUUUGUUUCCUCCAAGUGAGAUGUGCAGGGAAACCUUCCACAGUGUGGCGUCCAAGAGGCAUCCUGACGAGAUGCCCAGACCACAGAGUGACUCCACUCCAAGUUCUUCCCGAGCACACUUGUUGGUCAUCAACAAUGGCAUCUUCAGUACCUCAAUACUUCUUCAUCCUUGUUAUUGUUGUUAGAUUUGUGUCGACGGGAUAAAUGUUUGGCUGUGAUUUUUAAACAUGCAUUACUCGCCUCUUUUCACACAAGGUUGUUGUGAUGUCUCCAGGUGUGAGGACGCAGACUUUAAUGCCCAAGUAACAUGUAGUAACACGAAUAACAGGAUUUUUUGACCAAGUAAAAUGUUUUUGCAAGAGGAAAUUGAGAAAUCUGAAAAAUCGAAACUUAACUUCCCCCACACUAAAAUAACCCUCCAGCUCUUGCUCGUGAUUAGUGCCGUAUUUACUGUGUAUUACCCAGUCCUGCGGAGAAAUAUCCGGAGUGAAAGAGAAGUGGGUGUGUGGCGGUGGUGCAUGUGGGCGAGUGUGAGGGUGUGUUGCAUGGACAUAUCCCAUUAAUGUCAGUGAAUCAUAAAGUCCUCCAGUUGUGUGUCUGGAAAAUGUAGUCUUGUCUUUCAUGCCAGACGUCCCUCUCCAGUCAUAAGCUGGAUGUACAGAAGUGAUUUUAUUUUUCUAUAGAGUGGCAGGUAUCAAUUCUUUUGGAUGCAAUAGGAGAUAUUAAUCCUGUAAUAUUUACAGUAGCAAAGAGCAUUGCUUGAAGACAUAUGACAUGAAUUCUAACGAUUGAAUAGUUAAAUUUUUAUGUAUUUGUUUGUCGUCUCCAGAGGGUGUCAAAAGCAUGUCCCGACCAAAAAAAAAAAGAAAAAAAAAUCUGAUUCUUCUUUUUGCUCUGUUGGACAUGUUGGAUAAAAUAAGACAAAGAUGAUGAACUCAAGACUUAAAAAUCACUCCUAAGGCCGGUCGCUUCACUAGUGCAGAGGACACAACAUAGCAUAAACAGCUUAAUUUAUUUUGAAGCACUUUUCCUCCGUUUUGAUUUUAAAGCCCUUUUAUUUUUAAUGAAGGAAGUCAUAUUCAGCUGAAAGGAUAAAUGGUGUUGUGAGCUGUUUGUUUGGCAGCCAUGUAGCAGAGGAAAUGUUUUGUUUUCCGUUAACUCACGAGUGAAGGUUUCCUUAUGUUGCUAGGUUUGAUUCUUUUUAAAUAAUUCUUAUUUGCAGCAGUAUAGUCGUCGUGCAGUUGGGAGUUUCACUUGAGAAAAGACUUUGAAAGCAAAAUUAAACAACAGCUUGAAUAAUUUUCAUAUUGCACUGUAUCCAGAAGCCAUUUAUCAGGUAUUUUAAAGAAGUUUAAAACAUCAUCUUUGUAACCUUAUAGGUUUGUUAUUGUAUCACUUGGGAGAAAGUAACUCAAUACUGUCUUUUAUUUAAAUGUAAGUUAUUGGGGCAGUAUUGGUUUAUUUGCAUCUGUGGGUGUGUGAUGAUUAAUAAAAAGGAAUAAAUGCACGUGC